ACGCUUUUUUUAGUGGGUUUUAAGCCACAACGACCCGAUCGUAAUAGAUACACACAACACAAAGCACAAUUUGCCUGUUGCGAGAGCAAACGUUGUCGAUCGUUUUGGAUCGUUAGAUUAGGGUUUUGUUUGCGGUUCAUGUUUGAGAUGGGAAACUGUGUUGACGUGGAAAGCUGUAGAAAGCUUUAGGCAAACUAUUUUGGCCGUAGUUGAACAGCCACAAAACACAAAACACCUUACACCGAAAGGGGCGAUGAUGGCGUCACGCAACUUCCUUAUAUCACAACACCGAUCCCCGCAUGUCGUCGUACACGAAUCGAUCGAUCGAACACUAGAAAGCUGUUAACCCGGUAGCGGCAUCUUGUUGACUGAAGUUCUCAGCGCACAUUUCUGGAGCAAGCCCGAUUUCACCCCGAGACCCGAGCCCCAAGAUCCAACCAACACGCGCGCAAAACCAAUCAUUAUCAUAUAAUUGCAAAUGAGCGUGUGAAACAUGGACCUGCAUUAGACAAUUAGCGAAGGUGGCGGCCCCGUCCCGGCUCAGGUCAGCGCAAAAAAAAACUGGGGCUGGAAAGAUCGCACUAACCUGCUCCCCAGAGGCUGGACGCUGCCACAGUUUGGCUUGAGCCACGGUUCUAGCAACAUCAGCGAUUAGAAGGAACUCUCACAGCCAUCUGUGACAGUGUACGCAGCGCGCUCAAAUUGUACCUCGAAAGGUGUUACUUCCUCCCGAAAUCACAUCAUGCACUACGAAGACGUGAUGGACAAACGUCCUCGAGCGUACGCACCGUAUCGGACGACAUUGGACGAGCGUGACUUGGUGCGGGCCGCGGAAGAGCUGCACGAAAACGAGGACACGCGCGAAUCAUCCCUUGCGCUGAUGCGUGAGUUUAUCGCAAAACAUCCGCAAAUCGUACGCUGCCGGACGGAUCCGGUGUUUCUGUUGCGGUUUUUGCGGUACAGGAAGUUUAACGUCAACGAUGCUUGCGCAACGCUGGAAGGCGGAUUGGCGUUUCUGAUGCGCAUGCGAACACUGUACGGUGCGGAGGUGAGCAGCUUCCAUCCCAACGUGCAGCGUAUGGUGGAGCUGGAUGCGAUCGUACCGCUUGGGCAGGACCGACAGCGACGUACGGUCAUACUGGUGCGCGUGGGUGCAAUGGAUCCGAAGGAAACGACCGCACUGCUGCAGAUGAGGCUCGGUGCGCUCGUCAUUAACACGUGCCUGGAGUACGAGCGGACACAGGUGCACGGGACGGUAUGGGUGGUGGACUGUUCCGGCAUGACGAUGGCACACGUGGGGAUGUGGGGCCUGAGCGAGGUGAAGAUGAUGGCCGACUCCAUCAACGAGGUCGUGACGAUGUUCGUGAAGGAGGUGCACAUGGUGAAGGUGCCGAGGAUCACCUGGAUGCUGCUGGACUUGCUGCUGCCCUUGUUGAGUCCGAAAAUAAGGGACCGAUUCAAGUUCCAUCGCACCGAACAAGAACUACACAGUGCGAUCGAUCAAACGCUCCUCCCGACGACGUGCGGUGGACAGCAAAGCUUGAAGCAAGCUACGGACAACUUUCGCGACAUGUUCGAGAAGCAAACGAAAUGGUUCAAGCUUGAGGAACAGUUCCUGAUGGAUCUUUCCAUACCGGCGCCAGGUAGUUCGGGCUCAUCAGCACGCACCGCCCAUCGCAACGAGUUCCCCGGCGAGGAGUCGAUGGUUGGAAGCUUCCGGAAGUUGACCGUCGAUUGAGCGCGACCACCGCCGGAGGGUUCGAGUGUUCGAGCUUCCAAUCCGGUUCCGUAGCAUUCCGGAGAACCAGAUGGUCGUCAUUGGUGCACGGUACGGUGAAGAAUCUACUACCAAAGAGUAAGUCAAUUAGCAGCAAAAGCAGCAGCACCACGACCCUUAGAACCGGGCCGGUGUCAUAACGUGGGCUUGCGCUCGGGUCGGUCAGAGUUUACAUCUUAGAUAAUUGCGAUCGACAUACCUGAUCGCAGUAGUGUGAAGGUGUGUUUGCGUGCCGUUGCGUGCCGUAUAUGUUGAUAAGUUGCAUUCUAGCGUUGUAUUUUGUUGUUCUGUUCACAAGGAAGUGGGACAAUUGUAACAAUUUUUAGACAAUAAGAAAUGAACGUUCACACUACAAAUGUUGAUGCACCUUAGCGCUAGGGCUUGUUAGAUUGUAAGCAUUGCUUUCCGCAUGGUGAUUGUAAACACUUUCUUCAAUUAGCAUCGAUAACAUACAAUAAACGAUUAAUUGCAUUCCGAUAGUGAAUGGGACCUAUUCGUAGGCAACAAAAUGCCUGCAAUCAUUCAGCCUGUAAUCGUGUGGUUGGGUGUAAUUACCGUGCUCACAGUCUCACGACCGAUCAUCGAUAUGCAUCGACAAGCGGAGCCGGUGAAGAAAUGCAAUCCGCGCACAUUCUCCUAAUGGCUAGACCCACUAGACACUAGAAUUAGCGUCCGAAGCGUGGACACGUCCCGUCGGCCAAACCCCCUCUUUGUUGCGUUACGCCUCUGUAACUGACCUUGACUACAACAGUUUGUUGAUGAAAUUCCGUAUCUCGCUGACAAGCCGUUUGGACGGUCCGAUGAUGCUGGGGCAGGUGCAGCAUUUCACCAUCCGUAGCCGAGCGACUCUGACCUUCGAAACGUAACGCCCGAACCAUAGCCUACCGCAAAACUGACAUAUUCCAUCGCCGUAUCAUCGCCGUUCGCGAUAUCAAUCAUACGUAACUUAACGAAACGAGACUCUGCCUCUUCUAACACGCAGCAGUGAUGACAACAAUCGGUUUAAAUAGUAAAAAAAAUCCGACUUGUGGCAUCACCAACACCGCCGUCGGCUAUUUCCGAGGAGAGAUAGAAACGAGCGAGGUUUAAUUUAUGAACUAGCGAAAAGCACACAUUUUCCAACCGGUCAUUUCGAAAAACCGAAACUACGCUUGAGUAAGCGGCAGACAAAAAUAUCAACCACGGGGUGAAAAAAAAAAAAUCACUCCUCAAACAAACAGACAUUUUCGUCUCGGAUAUGGCAAUCGUCUUGCGGGGUGCCCUCCAUUGUCUGGUGGUAGCCCUUAUGUCGUUAGGUUUGAUCCGCCCGAAGGUCAGACGAUCGUAGAUAGAAUGCACUUUUCCAAUCAGUUUUCGGCGCGAGGGUGAUAAUCGAGUUUGUGUAAGUUUGAGGCGUUCCGAAACUCAUUGGCUAUGAUUAAAUCGUGUCACGAUUCGGCCAGACAGUUGAUUUGUUUCGUUGGUGUUGAUUUAAUUUUGCAACGGUACGUGGUGAAGGGGAGAGAAGAAAUA